AUGGCAACAGAAUCAAGGAAAGCUGCAGCUUAGAACUUUCCAGUAGAUAAAGGACUUCUGCUAGUGGAAGAGCAAGAGUUAAUCUGGAAUCCAGUCACUUGCUUACAGAGAAACGAUCCCUUCAGGCAGGUCAGUCGACAACUUUUUAGGAAGUUUUGCUACCAGGAUUCCCCUGAACCUCCAGAGGCCUUAAGCCAGCUCCGUCAGCUCUGCCAUCAGUGGUUGCAGCCAGAGACCCACAGCACAGAGCAGAUCCUGGUGCUGGUGCUGGAGCAGUUUCUGGCUGUCCUGCCUGAAGAGCUGCAGGCCCAUGUACAUGAACAUUACCCAGAGACCAGAGAGGAAGCCAUGAGCAUACUGGAAGAUAUGGAGAGAGGCACUGAUGAAGCAUUUCCCCAGGUUCCAUCCCAUGCACAAGAACAUGGACACAAAAUAUUCAGGAAAAGAACAUUGCCUCCUGUACCAUCACUUAAUGUCCAGCCCCAGCUAGCAGAGUCCAAGACCCAUUAUGGUUCUUCAGAACCCUAGCUCCUCCUGGACUAUGGUAAGGGUGAGACUGAAAACAGUAGAUCCAUGCCUAAGCUGGACAUUUAUGAAGAAAUGGAAUUGCAGAGAAUUAAAUCAGGAAGUGUCUCAGAAUGUACAUCAGAAGAAUCUGCUGAGCCUCACAACAUCUGUAAGUCUGAAUGUUGGGUUAAAAAGCAAAAGGAAAAAGAAUCUAAUGAGUCUCAGAGAUCAUCUUCCCAGAAUGGAAAUUUUAGUAAAAUCCUUACCCACAAAAUUAUUCUUACAGGUGAAAUAAGACAACAUGGAUUUGAGAGAAGUUUGAAUCUGAACUCAAAUUAAUUCACAUACCAGAAACCUUGUAAACAUGGUAUAUACAACCAGAGUUUCAAAUGGAAUUCAGAUUUUGUUAAGCAUCAACGAAUUUGUCCCAGAGAAAAAAUUCACCAUGAUAGAAACUGUUUUAAGAGCCCAAACCUUAUUAAACAUGCAGCAAUUUUCAGUGGAGAGAUAAGCCAUCAGUGUAGUGAGUGUGGAAAAGCAUUCAGGCACACCUCACAGCUUGUUAGGCAUCAGAGAAUCCAUACUGGAGAAAGGCCCUAUGAAUGUAAUGAAUGUGGGAAAGGUUUGGGGGGAAACUCAGAUCUCAGACAUGAGUGAACUCACACUGGGGAAAGACCUUUCAGAUGCACAGAAUGUGGGAGAACAUUUAUCCUGAACUCACAUCUUGUCCAGCCUCAGAGAAUUCACAUCAGAGAGAAACCCUAUGAAUGCAGUGAAUGUGGGAAAACCUUCCGAGUGAGUGCACAUCUUAUUUGACACCUGAGAACCCACACUGGAGAGAAGCCCUAUGAAUGCAGCAAGUGUGGGAGAGCCUUCAGUCAGAGUUCUCACCUGAGUCAACAGCAAAGGAUUCACAUGUGAGAAAGCCUGCUAAUGUAA